AACAUGUGAUAGUAAUCCACGUCUGCGAAAUGAUGUUUGCGUAGUCUGUCAAAUUGGUGUGAUGUGCUUGAAUAUUGUUUCCUCUUGGAAUGGAUUUAGAAGAGGCAUUUCAACUAGUCGGAGAAUUCGGAUCAUAUCAGAAGCAGAUGGUGUUGGUUCUUGUGUUGCUACAGGUGUAUAUGGCAUGCCAGUCCAUGCUCAUUGUGCUCAUUGGCGCUAUACCAGAAUACCACAUUGAACAAGGUGACCACUCCAACUAUGAGGAGCUCAUCAAACACGUUAUAUUUACAGAGGAUGUCAACUCCAUCGUGACGGAGUGGUUCCUUCUAAAGCAACAGGCUUACAAGGUCAGCUUGGCAGGCUCUUUGUUCUUCGCUGGGGUCUUGAUUGGAAAUGUGUUUUUUGGACCCCUCUCUGACAAGAUUGGAAGGAAACCAGUCUUCCUAACAGCUCUGUUCUUUGAGGUGGUGUUUGGCUAUGCCACAGCCUUUGCUCCCAGCUAUGAGGUGUUUGCGUUGUCACGCCUGCUGGUGGGUCUGAUGAAUGGGGGUAUGUCCCUCGUCUGUUUUGUGCUCACCCAGGAGUAUGUGGGCAAGGCCUAUUGGGCAAUGACAGGGACCUUGACUAAUAUGACCUUUGCUGUGGGUAUUGCCCUGUUUGGUGCCCUUGGCUACUAUAUCAGACCAUGGCGUACCCUGGCAACAGCAGCUAAUUCUCCUGGCGUCCUGUUUUUUCUACUUUGUGUGUCUCUCCCGGAGUCUCCACGCUGGCUGUAUUCCCGUGGUUACACAGAGAAGGCGGAGGAGGUUUUGCAGUAUAUAGCUGUGCGGAAUGGGAACAGCAAUGCUGCAGCCAAAGUAAAGCUCCGUAUGUGUCCUGGCUCUGUCAAGACUGGUAACCAGGGCAACAAUGGCCCUGGCUUCCUCGACCUGUUCACCCACACAGUGCUCCGCUGGAGAACCGUGGUGCUCAUGUAUGUCUGGUAUUCCUGCAGCCUGGUGUACUAUGGGCUGACCAUGAAUGCCAGUGAGGACAGUGGGAACCGCUACUUCAGUGUUGCCAUGUAUGGACUAGUGGAGCUCCCAGCCUACCCUCUCUGUAUCUAUUUCAUAAACAAGCAGUGGGCUGGGAGAAGGAAAACCAUGGCCAGCUUUCUGGCUUUAGCUGGCUUGUCGUGUCUAUGCACCAUGUUGGUUCCAGUAACUGCUGGGGCAUUGUUCAAUGCUACUUCUUUAGCUUUGUUAGGAAAGCUGUUGGUCAGUGCGGCUUUCAACAUAGUGUAUGUCUACACUACUGAACUGUACCCCACUGCUGUAAGGAAUGCUGGUCUUGGGGUCUGCUCAAUGUCUUGCAGAGUCGGGGGGAUCCUGGCCCCUUUUGUGCCCUCUAUGAGAGAGUUACACACCUCUAUGCCCUUCCUGGUGUUUUGUCUCAGUGGGAUCUCUGCUGGCUGCCUGGGUCUCCUUCUCCCUGAGACACUUAACAAACCUGUGACAGAGACACUGGAUGAGCUCAGCAGCCCUGCUUACCACCGCAUUGUAGAGACCAAGCUCUGAAGGCCAGCGCUCCCAUUCAAAUGAAAAUCCAGUAUUGAUGUUCUCCAGACUUCCAAUAGUUGAGACGGGAUUGAGAAGGAUGGUCAGGUGAGACUAGUUACGCCCCCUAUCCAAAUGCAAGUUUACAAUGAUCUUAAAUGUAAUACCUGCUUAACAUUCUGUAUCUUGAGGGGUUGGUUUGUGUUCCGUUAUACAGACACACUUGUUUGAAGAGGACCAAUCGAAAACCAACCACAAUCAGUGACUCACUCUUUGAACAAGAGAACAGUCAGAGGCAAUCUGACAGGAGAGACUCUCGAAGCCUGUCCACACACAAGUGCUUUCUCACAAGUGACCCGAUGUGCUCUGUUUCCAUGGUGAACCAAGGACGGGUCAUGCCGUGAUGGAUGGUGGUCCAUUUUUACAGGGAACGGCACACAUGUUUACAAUGUUUUUGUGUUAUUUUGUUUCUCUCUUUGUGUGUGAUAUUUUUUGUACUUUACAGUGAAAAUCGCAGUUUAGCCGCAGUGAAUUGAUCAAGUAAUCAUGUGGUAUCAAAUGGAAGAGAACUACAAUUACUGCCAAAGUUUUCAGUUUCUACUUUACCAAGUAGCCAUCGGGGGCUUAAUUUAUAAUUGUUGCGUACAUUUAACACUAAAUAGCCGCGUGCACCAUUUCUGAAAAAUCUGAAUAUUUUUGUGCGUGCAGUUAACUUGGCACACGCCAUGCAUAUGCAGGUUUCCCAUUGUAAAUCAGACCUGUCAUAACUGUGACCGAGCAUUUACUCCACCUGAAAAAUGCCCAUCAUUCACCUUUUGUGAUGACAAUAACGCCCUUAUUUUCUGUAUAGUUUGGAAGUAUUGGAAUUAGACCAAGACGGUAUCUAAAGGAAAUAGCAAUGGUGACCUUGAUCACAUGUCUUUGGAGGGAUUGGCUAAAUGUUUUUUUUUCUAUUGCUAUUUCCUUUAGAUACUGUCUUGGCCUAAUUCUAAUACUUUCAAACUACACCGAAAAUAAGGGUGUUAAAAGGUUCAUGAUGGGUGUUUUUGAGGUGGAGUAAAUCUGGGUAUUUGAAAUGUUCUGAAAGACAAAAAUUGCAUGUUCUUGUGGACCUGUAAACAGAUCGGUUAAAUUCAAAAUUUUGCAUGAACCUUUUCCUGAACCUAAAAUAUGCUGCACUGCCUGCGAAUUCUGAUACAUUGUCUACUCUAUAAAAUGUAAACAGUGACCUUAGUGGUAGCCUACAUACUUCAAUGCAAAAUAUCAACUGUCUGUUCACCUGUCAAAUUCUACUGUAUGUUAUAAACUGCGCACCCUGUCGGAUACAUAGGCUAUUUAUAAUUUUGCUCUAACUAAUAAUCCCAGUUAAUUGAGAUGCGUGUGGUAAUUUGUUGUAUGGCUACUACAAGAAUAUAAACUCAUCAUGGCCAGAAAAGGUGAGGAAUUUAUUCUACGAUGGUUGAUAUGUAUUAUGUUUGUAAAUUAAAUAUCUACACUAGACAUUUCACAUUACAGUGCUCGGACAUGGCCUGUGAACCAUCUGUUCUACUGUUAAACUGCGCUUCAGAUCGCAUAGAGCAAAAUAGGCUGCUUGAAAUAGCUUAUCUAUUUACUACUGGGAAGUGGGUACAAUUUUAAAUGAGUGAUAAACUACCAUUCGUCCCAUCUUAACUUGUCUGCCUGUAGUCUAUUUCGAAACCAUCAAAGGUGAAAUGAUUGUGGAAAUUAAAUAAAUAAUAGCAAAUAUAUAUGCCUUUUAUUUCAAAUUAUUUUAGAAUGUGAUGAUGCAUUGAUUUUUCUUUUAUCACUAAUGGAAAAUGAUAGCUAAAUAAGAUGCUAUGCCUACCUGUUUUUUGUUGUGAAAAUAUGACGACUCCUAUUCAUAAGGCUACGACUAGGCUACUUUUGCUUUCUUGCAAUGCAGGACUUCAACCACUAGAAACUGUGUAUGCAUGGUCUAAAGUUUGCGGGAGGAUAGCACUUUAUCAUGUGAAGUUCAGUUUUUAUAAAUACCAACUUUUGUGUGAGAACAGGCAUGCAUAUUUUGUGUGUAUGCAACAUUUAUAAAUCAAGUCACUGAAGUUCAAAUGGCUUGUUUCAGUUUCCAUAUAAAUAUAAUUUCUAUGUGUUCUGCUGGACAGAUCAUAUGCUAGUUACAAUGUGAAUACAGAUUAUGUAUAAAUAUCUAUAUUGGACAUUGACGAUUUGUACAGUAUUCAAGGUAAUUGGUUUACAUUGUGUUGAUACCGGAGUUAUAAAUAGUUAAUGACGGGAAGUAACACCAAUUGUGAAUGGUAGCUUGCAUAAUAAUGUGAUUAUGAGAAUGACAUGGAACAGGGGUGCAUUGUAAUGUUCAUCGACAUUUGAAUCUUUUAUAUCUUAAUACUGUUUAUUAUAAGUAAUUAUAGUGGUCACUGCCUAAACUCAGGUCACGUUUGGCCUUUUACCCUAGUGAGGUGAUUGUGUCACCAUUGACGCAGACAAAGGCCCCCGAACAACCAUAUCGUCCAGAAGCUCUCAUCAAAGAAUGAAGUAACCGCAUAAUGUUUUUUUCCCCCCCCAUCACUUAUAAUUAUGGCAGUUGGCCCGUACCACCGGUUCAGCAAACAGUUGGAGUGAGUUGAAGAGUUGAAACCGUAAUCAUUGUUUUGAUUUAUAUUCCUCUGACACUGCUUGCCAGCACAGAAAUUCCCUGUUGAAGUAAAUAAACAAUCUCCAACAAAA